AAAAUUACCCCCAAACUCAAUUUUUUUCACAAUUUUGUAUUUCCCCCAAAUUCAUCUUCACUUUACUUCCCAUCUUCACUUUUCAAAAUCGAGAGAGCUUUCAGCAGGGAAAAAAAAAAUCACAAAUUCACUUUCACUUUCCCACAACCUCUCCCGGCUCGACCUCCGCACGUCCAUUGCCGUGGCCACCUCGCCGGCUCCGGUCCGCACGACCUCCGACCUCGUCCCGUGGCCACCUCGCCGGCUCCUCACGACCUUGCCGUUCUCCGCAACUUCUCGCUAACAGUGCCUCUGUUGCCUCUGAAAUCAGGUUUUUUUAUUUUAUUUUUAUAUUUUUUCGAAUCUGAGUUCUUGCUGUUCUUAACCCUCCGGGUCGAAGAACAAGCCGAAGCCGCCAAGGAGGCCCCUAACGCCCUUCGCAACCACCUGCUCGAGAUCCGAGACAGGGCCGACGUGUCCAGCUGCAUCUCGGCCUUUGCCGGGCCCGCCGCUGUGAGGUCUCGGUUCUUAGUGGCAGUGGGCUUGUGGCCGAUGUAACAGCCGGCGGGUCCUGGCGGCAUGACGAGCCUCCCGGGCUCGGUUGAUGGUUUACCUGGCGGUGGUGGGCAUGGUGGUUGGCCCGCUCACGGAUGCAGGGCUCCUGAUGGUCGUGGCCGCCACGUUUGGGAAUGUUGUGUACGGGAGGCUUCCCCUGGAGGAUGAUGAGGAAGGGUUGGGGCCCGAGAAGGGGGAAAAAUGGGAGACGGGCUGCCCGAUUUGGUGCUUAUGGUGACCAAACCUUCCGUACUUAUGCACAAUCUUUAUUUGAUAAAGGGGGUAUGGGGAUGGAGGUCUGCUGCACAUUAGACCCUUGAGCAUGUUCGUGAAGCGGGUAUAAAUGUUUGUUCAGUUUCCUGUAAUCAGGAGGAAUAAUUGGGCUUGGCGAAGCAGAAGAAGAUAGAGUUGGAUUGUUACAUAAACUGGCAACACUCCCUACACACCCUGAGAGUGUACCUAUUAAUGCAUUUGUUGUGGUAAAAGGCACACCCCUCGAAGAUCAAAAGGUAUUCAUGUAAAGAUCAGCAAAUAUUAAACGUGUUCCAGGAGAAGUAGCUCAUAUUUACUUUAAUCUAUAACGAGAGAAUCUUAUAUGUGACAUUCUUAACUUUCUUUCCAAU